UAUGUUAAGUGGCGCAAUGAUCCCACCCUGGGUGGUAUCGAGGGAUGCAUCGCUGCGGUUCAGGCUGCCGAUCCAAAUUUCGGUUUCAGUCCCACUAUCUAAGGGGGAAGAAGAUUGGAAAGUCCACACAGAAGCUGCAUAGGAUGGCUUGUGUUACCCUCUCCUGUCAAACCUGCUCUCUGUCUAAUGAGUAAUGACUGCAGAGCAAGAGCAUCAGUUAGUUCGCACCUGCCAGCUCUCUGUUGGAAGGCAUUCACAGCUCCCACACAGCUUUGGUUAUUUUUUAACAUUUACUUCAAGCUAUGAUUAGUUUUAAAUACAUUGGCAUACAUUAACUAUACAUACCGCUUCUGGUUUUGUCACCCAUACCUCUUUAGUCUUUUACACCUGCAUUCCUCCAGGUAUGAACGGGGACUUUGAACUCAUCACCCUGGGCUGACAUUAAGCAGCAAAGUGAUGGGUCACGUGAUCGGCACGGGCCUGGAGUUGGUCGGUAUGGCAUCGUCGGUUGAGCAAAAUGAGCGGUUGGCCAGUGCGGUGAGGCGGACUGUGGAGCUGGCCAAGACCCAGGAGAUCACACCCCGAGAGAGCCAGCAUGUCCGAGCCAUGGAGCUGUUCUCCAGAGGAGCUCUGUCCAAAGCCUGUGAUGUGUGGGAGGAGAUUCUUGUGGAGCACCCUACUGACCUGCUGGCCCUCAAGUUUGCCCAUGAUGGCUUCUUCUACCUGGGCUACCAGACUCAGAUGAGAGACUCGGUGGCCAGAGUGAUGCCCUACUACAAGCCACACACGCCCCUGUCCAGUUAUCUGAAAGGCCUCUACUCUUUUGGCCUUCUCGAGACUCACUUCUACGACCAGGCUGAAAAAGUGGCAAAAGAAGGGCUGGCCUUGGCGCCCGACGAUGCCUGGUGUGUGCACUCCGUGGCACACGUCCAUGAGAUGAAGGCCGAGGUGGACAAGGGGCUCAAGUUCAUGCAGUCCACCGAGAAGGACUGGGAGGGAUGUGACAUGCUUGCCUGCCAUAAUUACUGGCACUGGGCGCUCUAUUUCAUUGAAAAGGGGGACUACGAAGCAGCCCUGCAGAUCUACGACUGCCAGGUCUCCCGUCGCUGUGUGACCUCAGGUGCCAUGUUGGACACAGUGGAUGCCUGCUCUAUCCUCUACAGGCUGGAGAUGGAGGGUGUAAGUGUUAAAGAUCGCUGGCGUGAGAAGCUGCAGGUGAUUGAGCCUCACUGUGAGGAUCACACGCUCCUCUUUAAUGACCUGCACUUCCUCAUGGUGUCACUUGGGGGCGCUUCCACUGACUGCACCCACCGUCUGCUGGAGAGCCUGAGGGAACGAGCACGAGACCCAGAGGAGAACCACCAGUACCAGCUGGCGGAGAGUCUGGGGCUGCCCAUGUGCCAGGCGCUGGUGGAGUACGACCAGGGCAACUAUGGCCGCGUGGUGGAGCUCCUGCAGCCACUGCGCUACCGCUUCAGUGACAUAGGGGGCAGCGAUGCACAGAGAGAUGUAUUCAACCAGCUGCUCAUUCACGGUGCCAUCAAAUCCGAGGACAAACUCCAUCAGAAGUAUGCCCGGUCUCUGCUGGUGGAGCGGAAUGCUUUACGGCCCGGUUCCCCCAUGACUGACCGAAUGAUGCAGAAGUUUGCCGCCCUGCAUGUGUAACUUGUGAAGCCCUGGUCUUCAUAGCGGGUCUUUUACCCAAGCACUUACUCGAACUCUUGCCAUGCUCCUUCAAAUAGCCUGUCUAAUGUCCAGUAUAUCUUACUAACAAGGGUUUGGGUCCAAAACCUCCAUACAUUCAAGUACAUGUUCAACUUGCAGUAGUGGUUUAGCCCACAAUAAUGGAUCUGCCCAUCUAAUCUGACUUAAGAUAGUAUUAAUUCUACUUAACCUAGCAGGUUGCAAAGUUAAAUUACAGUAAAAUGGAUGAAAUGUCAAGUGUAUUUGAGAGGAAUGAUCUUAUAAUGUGAAGAGGAAACGAAUGUAUGUAGAUCUGACAACCUGCACAUUCAACUACAGCCAAAUGAAGCUAAUCAUAUAACUUUGUGACAUUGAGCCACCUAUCUCAUAUUUUGGGCGUUUAACUGGAAUGUGAACUUUUUGAAUACUCUAAUGACUUUGGUCAUAGUUAUAACCUUAAUAGCACAGCUAAUCUAAGAAGCAGCUUCAUCAAAAUCUCAUCUGAAAGACUAACACCAUUUUCUUCAGAAAUGUCAUUAGUGUGAAUUAUGGUGCACUUGUAGGAGGGCGAUAAUUAAAUGGCAAUAUAGCAUAAGUCACACAUUGCAUAGACUCCAUCUAAGAAGUGAUUGAAGUACAGAGAGACUUUUUCUUUUUGAAAGUUGAACAUAUUUAAUUACCAAGUGAACAUCACUGACAAAUAAAAACUGUGGAAAAAAAUGUU